GGGAGCUCUCACUUGAAUACUCACUAUGUUGUCCCUCGCAAAAUCUGCUCUGCGUCCCUCUCUGGCUCGCGCAUUUGCCGCUCCUGCGACCAGCAUGUCUCUCCAUACUCUUCCAGACCUGCCUUAUGCUUACAAUGCUCUUGAGCCAUACAUCUCCGAGGCAAUUAUGAAGCUUCACCACACUAAGCAUCACCAGACCUAUGUCAAUGGACUUAAUGCUGCGGAGAAAUCUUACGCGACGACACCCUCUGUCAGGGAGAAGAUCGCCCUACAGUCGGCAUUAAAAUUCAACGGCGGCGGCCACAUCAACCAUUCGUUAUUCUGGAAGAAUCUUUCCCCCGCAAACGCUGACGGUGGCAAACUUUCCGACGGUCCUCUGAAAAACGCCAUCGAACGUGACUUUGGAUCUGUGGAAGAAUUUAAGAAGAAGUUCAAUGCUGCCACCGCAGCUAUACAGGGCAGUGGAUGGGGAUGGCUCGGAUACGACGCUGCCACCAAAAGGCUUGAGAUCAUUACGACAGCCAACCAGGAUCCUUUACUUUCUCAUACACCCAUUAUCGGUGUGGACAUUUGGGAGCAUGCUUUCUACCUACAGUACCAAAAUGUCAAGGCAGAUUACCUCGCUGCAAUUUGGAACAUCGUCAACUUCAAAGAGGCAGAACAAAGGUUGGCCGAGGCUACCAAGUAGUGCGCUUGGUUUUUUGCGUCGUUGUCAUAGUGAAAUUUCUUCGCACAAUGUGAUAUGUUCUUAUGAACUCAAACCACAUGUUGAAGUUGCAGUUAAGUGCCAGUAUACAUGUUGUCGACUUUCAUGGUGUUACCUGCAAUGAAAUUUAGCUAUCUCAGGCUCUGGAGGAACACA